UGCCUAAGAAGCAGAACCAAAGCAAAGUUGGCAAAAAUGAGGUCUUCAAUGGCCUCUCUUACUGCUACUCUUCUACUGGUAGCAAUCUCUCUCAGCUUGCCAUCACAAACCACAGCAAAAUACGAAUACUCCUCUCCUCCACCUCCUAAGAAAUCGCCUCCACCACCACCUCCUCCUUACCAUUACAAAUCCCCACCGCCACCUCCGCCAGUGCAUUCUCCUCCACCACCACCACACCCUUACAAGUACAAGUCCCCCCCACCUCCUCCACCGGUGCAUAAGUCUCCACCACCACCCAAAAAGCCCUACAAGUACAAGUCACCACCGCCUCCUCCGGUUCAUUCUCCACCACCACCAUCACAUCCUUACAAGUACAAGUCUCCACCACCUCCUCCACCAGUUUACAAAUACAAGUCUCCUCCUCCACCUCCUCCAGUUUACAAGUCACCUCCCCCACCUCCCGAGAAGCCCUACAAGUAUAAGUCUCCCCCACCACCUCCCGUUUACAAGUCACCACCUCCUCCUCCCGAGAAGCCAUACAAGUACAAGUCUCCCCCACCACCUCCUACUCCAGUUUAUAAAUACAAGUCUCCUCCCCCACCACCACCAGUACACAAGUCUCCUCCACCACCUCCUCCCAAGAAGCCAUACAAAUACAAGUCUCCUCCCCCACCUCCCACUCCAGUUUAUAAAUAUAAGUCUCCUCCCCCACCACCACCAGUACACAAGUCACCACCACCACCCCAUUACAUUUACGCAUCACCCCCUCCACCUCACCAUUACUAGAAUACGGCUAUCAUCUAUAGUUUCAAGGUAAAAAGGAAAAGGAUGGGUGCAGGAGCUUCUGCAAGGAAGGAAAUUAAGGAAUCAAGCUACUGCAAUUAGUGGAGCUCUGUGUUUUAUUUAUAUGAUGAAUAAAGAGAGACAUGUAGAAGAAAAGAUCAGCUUCCUCGUUUAGUGUGUUUUUAGAAAGUUGUAGUCACCGGUUAAUCUGCUCUGUUGAAAAGUAGCUUAUGCGUAUGUAAUUUCCAACCUGUUGUGCUAUGCAUGCAUGGCUGUUAAUUUCAUAUGGAGUAAUAAAAUAAUAUCUUCUUUCACCAAAACAAAA